UUAAAGGGCUAUGGGCUAACAGAAACAUGUGGUGCCGCAUGCGUAGCGGACAUUAAUGAUCUCAGUACCGGUACUGUCGGACCUCCUGUGCGAUGCUGUGAGAUUGUUCUUCGUGAAUGGACUGAGGGUGGCUACUCACCUUUCAACGACCCUCCUCAAGGAGAAAUCCUUAUCACAGGAGAUAAUGUGUCACCAGGAUAUUUCAAGCAACCCGACAAGACUGCCGAGGAAUUCAUAACGUUUAAGGGAAAACGAUAUUUUUGUACAGGCGAUAUCGGAGAAAAGAGGAAAGAUGGAUCUAUAAUUAUUGUUGAUCGAAAGAAAGACCUUGUUAAGUUGCAACAUGGUGAAUAUGUCUCACUAGCGAGGGUUGAAUGUGCCCUUCUCAAUUGCCCCAUCAUUGACAAUGUUUGCGUAUAUGGAUGCAGUUUUGAGGACAACACAGUUGCGCUCGUAGUACCGAACCAGAAGCAUCUGGAAAAGAUUGCUGAACAGAUUGGAGAAGAGUCGCGAGACCUGAAGACUAUGUGCCGUAAUGAGAAAAUCACAGCUGAAUUCCUCAAGCAAAUGAACGAACACGCUAAGAAGAGUAAAUUGUCGCGAACAGAGAUGCCUAUCGCUAUUCAUUUGUGCGAAGAAAUUUGGACCCCUGACAGUGGCCUCCUCACAGAAGCACUGAAAUUGAAGCGAAAACCUCUUCAAACCAAAUAUCAGUCUGUUAUUGAUGAAUUAUACAGGAAAGUCCGCGCAUAG